AUGAAUUCGUUAAAUGCUAAAUGGAUUAGCUGUGACCACACCUUCAAGGCAGCUGCAAAUAUCGGCUUCGAAAGAAAAGAAGACAGCGCCUGGAUUACGCAGUACACAUCACUCUUUUGCAUAAUAAAUGAGAAAGGACAAGUAAUAAGGUGGUCGUUCGCUAUGUCAGAGAGUUUUGAUGAGGUAAAACCUCUUUUUGAAGCUCUCUCGUUAGACUUCAAAAAUCGAGGGGUAAAACUGUCAGGAAUAUACAUAGACAAUUGCUGCAAGUGGCGCCACCUGCUCACGUUAUAUUUCCCAAACGUACCCGUCAAGUUGGAUUUGUUUCACGCCAUACAAAGAAUUACAAAAAAGGUGUCAAAACGUUCUCAUAUCUUUGCAGAGGUUUGCAAAGAUUACUCACUGGUCUUCAGGGAUCAGAGAGAUCAAGCAAUCGAAAGAAAACUUCCAACUCCGGCUCCUGAAGAGAUUUUGCGCAACCUAAACAACUUUAUCACAAAAUGGGUUUCGUAUAAGAAUUCAAGUGGCGCUCGUGUUAUCAGCAAAAGCGUUGAAAAAGAACUAAAAAAUAUAGAAUGUCACGUUAGAAAAGGAUGCUUGUCACAUAUCCCCCCAGGUUGUGGGACAACACGAAACGAACGGCUUCACAGAGAACUGAAGAAAACAACAGUAACAAACCGAAUUGGAGUAGAUCUUGCAAGAACUCGCGUUGAAAGGACCCUUUUUAACUCAAACAGGAAACGCGAUGCAAACUUACCAUCUAUAGGUGACAUGCUCAUAAACAGUAGAAAGAAGAUUCUGUUAACAGGAGUACCGCCAUCGAGCAGAGCCCUUGACGAAACCAAUAACAAAGUUCACGAAAUAAAUUUCCAUGUGAUGACAAAUGCUACAGAGGAUAAAAACCUAAAUUUGAAAACAACAUCUAUAGAGAAUAUUUCUCACAUACAAACCCGCCUUACAUCAUUAAUCGAUAGCAAUGACGAGAGUUCUACGUGUAGUGAUGGUGAAAACGUGGAGAACAGUUUAAAGGCGGAUGUCGAAAACUUUGUCAUUCUUAGAAACGCUUUACAGUGGUGGAAAAUGAGCAAGAUCGUUGAGGAAAAAACGGGGCCAAAACUAUUCAAUUUCAAGAAGAUAGUGACUUAUGUUAGACCAUUAAAAACAAAGGCAUUAAUGGAAAAUGAAACAGUAGCUGGAGACCCAACAAAAAGUGACAGAAAAAGGCUUACUGAACUAGCCUCGACUUGGGGAUUUGACAUUGUUGAGGUAACGGGUGACGGCAAUUGCCUUUUUACGGCAGUGGCAAUGCAAUUGCAACAAAUGAUGAGCUUGAAUGCACAUAAUGAAUCAUUGUUAAUGUCGCACCUUGCGGAACAGAUGGGAAUAGACACAUCUACAUCCAUCAACGAUAUUGGUAGCAUUCUCAGGAGUAAAGUCGUCCAAGAAUUGAAGGGAGAACGAGUAGAUUUUUAUCAGUCAUUUCUGCCCAGUGAUGUAAACUUUUUUUCGGAGGCAGAUCGUUUUAUCCAAUCGGGAACGUUUUCAGGUCCGCUAGGCGAUCUUAUACCUCUAGCAAUCGCAAACGUUAUUCAAAUACCUUUAUUUGUCUUAAAUCCAAGUUUUUUGACUCCUUUUGUGAUGAUUUCUCCUGAAGGGAUGGUGCCAGCCUCAAACGUCGUCUACCUCGCGUAUAAUGCAAGUGGUCCAGGACACUAUGAUGCGCUAAUUAUCUCCCAACGUGAUCAGCAGGAGCGAUUCACUUCUGAAACAAACAGCAAUCUCGAUGCUCUCGAGAGUCAGUCCACGCUUUCCACGGAGAAAGUGCCAAUCUCAACUCCAAGAAAACCAUGUCGAUGCGGAGAAAAAAAUAAAUACAAAUCAAAAGCAAAAGCGUCAAGGAACUACAAAGGCAGGUGCAAGUGCAUCAACGAAUACGGUACCUGUAUGAGCGCAUGCAGUUGUUGUGGAUGGUGCCAAGGCAAACAAUGUGGGGGAAACCAAAGGCUUCCUCGAGACAAAAAAUGUAGAACACCGAGAAAGCGAAGUAAAAAAUACAGGCAUACCGUGAAAGCGAAACGAUCAAGACUUUCACUGGAAGAAAAUGACGAAAAAAUCAAAGAUCCUGGAUUGAAUGAGCUCGAGUUCUUUGUCAUGCAUACUAUUAUCCAGCAUGUCAACUCAAAGAAUGAUGUCAAAAAUGACAACAGUCAUUUUUGUGACAUAUUUAGCAAAAUAGUCAAAGUCGUAAAUAGUUUCGCUUUUCUAAUGGUUCUUCCCAUAUUUCACCAUUCCUUACAGGUGCUUUACGAUGAAAAAAGAAAGUAUGAUAAGCUAAGGAAACGUUAG